GUCGUCGUUGCCUUCGUCGCAGUUUAGUUAAAAACCAGCUUUCAUAUGAAAUCGAAGAAUUUUUAUUUUUAAUUCGCGUUUUCAAAUUUUCUACAUUCUAUUUAGAAUAAAUUUUUUUUUUUUAAUACUGGAAAUUAAAAAUAGCUCAUAAAUAGUCAAAAAGGUUAAAAAAAAUUCUCUUUUUGUUGAUAACAUCUUUUAAUUUUUUUCUUAAUAAAAUUUCAAAAAUUUUAAUAAUUAAUUUACCGGUUGGGGUUAAAGCGGUAAAAUUUUGAACUAAGUUAAAUAUUUGUGUUUCAUAUUUUUUUUUUUUGCAUAAUUAAUUUAUUUACAAUUCGAAAAAUUCAUCUCAAUAAAAAAAUUUUUUUAUUUAUUAAAAAAAAAAACAAAAGAACACAACAAAAAUACAAAGGAGAAAUCAAAUUUAUAAGAGGGCAAAAGUUAAAUAAUGUGAAAAUCAGAAGAAUAAAAUUAUUUCGUAAAGUUCAAAGACGCAAAAAAUCUCUUAUAAAAUUUUUCUAAAAUAUAAUUACAAACGUACUUUACAAAAUACAUACAACAUUCAAACAGCAAAUUAUAUUUAAUAUGCAUGUACAUAAGAAUUAAUAUUAUUAAUUGAUUUUAUUGAAAAUUUAAUUUACAAUUUGAAGAAAUCGAACAUUUCGUACAGUAACCUUCUUCAAAUAAUUUUGUUUGUGACAGUAACUUGAUUUGGUUUGUGACAUAAACAAGAGCAAAAAUAAUAAUUUUAUGUUUUAUUAAAAAAAAAAAGAAAAAUGGCAACAGAUUAUUCUUAUUAUUUUGAUAAUACAAUUAAUAAUACAAGAUUAUUAGGUAUACGUGAUUUUUGGGAAGCAUCAGGUGAUUUUUGGCAAACAAAAUGGGAAAAACUUUUAACAAUAAUUGGAGAUGAUCCAUUCAACCUUUGGGUUUAUUACUCUACUAUUUUAACAUUUUUCGUAUAUUGGACCUUCGGAUCAUUUUUCACAUUUAUGGAUAUAACAAAUCGUCCAAAAUUCUUACGAAAAUAUAAAAUUCAACCAGGAACAAAUGAACCAGUAGAUUUAACACGAUUAUUUAAAAUCAUCUUACAAGUACUUUUUAAUCAAAUCGUUAUUGGUUUUCCAUUUGCUUAUUUAUCGUAUCAUCUUUUAAAAUUACGUGGUGUUAUAGAUUCAAAUAAUCAAUCAAUUUAUAUAUUACCAACAUUUCAUCGUAUUGUAUUUGAUAUAUUUUUCUUUGUAAUAAUUGAAGAAAUUGGAUUUUAUUAUUCACAUCGAUUAUUGCACAAUAAAAAUGUAUAUAAAUAUAUUCAUAAACAACAUCAUGAAUGGACAUCACCAAUAGCAGUUACAGCAAUUUAUUGUCAUCCAAUUGAACAUAUAUUCAGUAAUUUAGUACCGCCAGCUAUAGGUGUACUUAUAAUGAAAAGUCAUAUUAUUACCGCAUGCAUUUGGUUCUGUAUGGCAUAUAUGAAUACGUUAAAUUCACAUUCUGGAUAUCAUUUACCAUUUUUGCCUAGUCCUGAAGCACAUGAUUUUCAUCAUUUGAAAUUCACAAAUUGUUUCGGAGUAUUGGGUAUUUUAGAUCACUUGCAUGGAACUAAUGAUAUGUUCAAAAAAACUUCUGCUUAUAAACGAAAUAUCACUUAUUUUGGAUUAACACCGCCACGAUCUUGGUGCCCAGAUAAUAAUGAAGAAACCAAAGAAAAAUCAUCAUAAAUUUUAGUAAAAAAAAUUUUUAAUUAUGAAUGAAUACAUAAACUUUUGAUAUUUUUUAUCUUUAUAGAAAACAAUAUGUGAUUUAAUUUAGCCUAUUUUAUGAUUUAUAUUGUUAAAAAUAUAAAUAUGCAAAUUUUAUUAUUUGUAUUACUUUUAAUAAAUUUUUUUUAAGAAAACUUUGAAAUUAUAUUUCUUUA